GGAGACGUGUUGUCAGUAGUUGAGGGGUUUUCUGCGCCAUGUGCAGGAAAUACUGUGAACGCUGACAACAGCGUGCCACCAGACUACAAAACACCAAUGUAACGUUAUACCACUGUAAUGUAAUAUAAAUGUAAUACAGGUAAAGGAGAGCUGCAGGCUGGCGUUACUGACUGUAUGUAGUGAUGUAGAGUCUGUUUACAAUCAUAUAAUCAUGUGGAGAAGACCUCUCAGUGCAGCCUACAGAUACUCUGGACCAAAGGGGAUCUGGGGCCUCCAUGCUGUGCGUAGAUGCAGCGCUCCAGCUUUACCUGCAGGAAGGAUCACAGCACUCCAGGCAGUGGACUUAUGGAAGAAGCACUUUGUGAAGAGAGGCGUGACGGAGCCCGACCACUCCAGCCACUACAUCCUCGCUCACCUGCUCGGGGCUAAAACUAUUGAAAGCCUUGAGCAGGAGAAGUUAACAGAGUUUCUCAGCCGAGAAAAGACGGAGCAGAUGUGGAAGCUCUGCACUAGACGCCUGUCCAGGAUGCCUGUGCAGUAUGUGAUUGAGGAGUGGGACUUCAGAGAUCUGACACUGAAGAUGAGACCUCCUGUGUUCAUACCACGACCUGAAACCGAGGAGUUGGUGGAACUCGUGCUCUCUGAUCUAGAGAUGAAGCCCGGGGCAGGAAUGGGUGCAGACGCCCAGCACAAAUGCUUUGAAGUGGGAUGUGGCUCUGGUGCUAUUUCUCUGAGUCUGCUGAAGAGUCUUCCUAAACUUAAAGCCGUUGCCGUGGAUCGAAGCCAGGAUGCAGUGGAUUUAACAAGAGAUAAUGCGCAAAGCCUGGGGCUUCAGGACAGAUUACAGGUUCAUCACAUAGAUAUUUUGAAAGAUGCAGAAACUGUGUUGGGCCUCUGUAGCCCUGUUUCAGCUCUGGUCAGCAACCCUCCGUACCUGUUCUCAGAGGAUAUGAAGUCAAUGGAACCAGAAAUCCUCAGGUUUGAAGACCACGCUGCGUUAGAUGGAGGUAAAGAUGGCCUAAAAGUGAUCAAACAGAUUCUGAGUCUGGCUCCACAGAUUCUGUCCAAUCAUGGUCGUGUUUACUUGGAGGUGGACCCCAGACACCCCCCGUUCAUUCGACGGUGGGUGGAGGCGAAUGUGGAAGAGAUGCAUUAUGUGGAGACACGGCACGACAUCACAGGCAGGCCAAGAUUCUGCAUCUUUCAGAAAGAGAAGUCAAACAAGGACCGCAAGCUGAAUCUGGAUUGAGAAACUGAGAUCCUAUUACGCUGGCUUUAGCCCAGGUCGCCACAGCCUCAGUUCCCCUACCCCCACUGAGCCACCAAAACACGCGCUCGCACUUGAUCACUCACGAUUCACAAUGUGCAGAAGCUCAAAUCAUUGUCAUGUCACCAUUGCACUUUUAAUCUGGUAUCAUUUGUGAUCGCAUCCUGCUCCCACAAUAAAGAAAUGUGUGCAAGAUGGCACAAAAGCAGGCUCAAAGCUGAAGGUAAUUACCAAGGCUUUUCUUGGAACCCUCCCUCUCAGAAUCUCACCCUCCUCCCAGGAAGCAUUCAGUAGUUCUGUGAAUCCACUGAUGAACGGUCCUCCCCUUCGCUUGUCCACUCGCUGACUCAGAUGCAGGCUGUGCACAUUGUUGAGCAAAAAAAACCACACACACACAAUGUGGCCUUUUACUUCCUCACACAAUCUGCGUGUCUCACACUCUUAAAGCUCAAAGGCCACAAAAUCUUUGUGUUUCAAAGGUGAUUGAAAGCGAACAUAUUUCGUAACAAGUGUCACAAGAGCGGCCAUCAUGUGGCGCUUAAUAAUAAUGAUGAUGAUAACAGUGUUUCUUGUUACCCUGUGAGUAAUACUGGCAUUAUAGGCGUUAUAACACGUAAAGAAAAAGCAAAGAAAGAAAGGCGAAUUAGUCUCCCAAUUGCUUAUUUUAAUAAAAAAAUGUACACAUGUAAAAGGUAGAAAAAAACGUCUUACUGAGAAAAAUACAAUGGCGUGAAAGAUGUCUCAAUGGAAUCGGUGUACUUCUUAGGAACUGUAUGUACAUCCAGAACUGACAAGGGUUAAAAUGGCUGUGGACAAUUUCCACAAAUAAGUGUAGAUUACAGUAUUGAAGUUUGCUCACGAGGCAUCUUCCUCUCGGGGUACUUCACCACCCACUGAGUCUGAAACCAGGCACGUCAGUAUGAACUGUACAUAUUUCAUCAGCAAAAAAA